CUUUUUUCAGUUUUUCUUGUGUUUCUUCCGUGUUGACUGUCCAGAGUCCGCGGAGUUUUUAGCGAUUUUUACAGUAAAAAAGAUAUUUUAAAGCUUCAGUAUGUCUGGAAAGAGUGUUCAUGAGCUAAUUGUUGGACCAAUAACCUGUUUCGCCUUGGACAAGCAGAGACAAAAACUGGCAUUCUCCCCAAAUGACCACACUGUCCAUAUCUAUAAAUUGGCUGGGAAUAAAUGGCAACCUGAUUGUGUUUUAACUGAGCAUGGUCAGAAUGUGACUGGCAUUGAUUGGGCAGCUGAAAGCAACCGUCUUGUCACAUGUGGAGCUGACAGGAAUGCGUAUGUGUGGACACUGCAGGAAGGAAAGUGGAAACCAACUUUGGUUAUUUUACGUAUCAAUCGCGCAGCAACAUGCGUGAAGUGGUCACCCAAAGAGGACAAAUUUGCUGUCGGAAGUGGUGCAAGGCUGAUCUCAGUUUGCUAUUUUGAAGAAGAGAAUAACUGGUGGGUUAGUAAACACAUCAAGAAGCCACUGAGAUCAACUGUUACCAGCCUGGAUUGGCAUCCAAGCAAUAUUCUACUUGCUGCUGGUUCGACCGACUUCAAAGCCAGAGUUUUCUCUGGUCAUAUCAAAGAGGUUGAUGGCAAACCACCGAAGGAAACCCAGUGGGGUGAGAAACCUUCAUUUGGUACAUGCCUUGCCGAAUUCUCAAAUGGAAGAGGUGGCUGGGUUCAUGAUGUGUCUUUCUCUGCUGGUGGUGAUAAACUGGCCUGGGUUGGUCAUGACUCCAGUAUCAGUGUUGUGGCAUCUUCAAACCAAGCUCAGAUAUACACCAUCAAGGGAGAAUUCUUGCCAUUCAUUUCCUGCACCUGGAUCACAAACAACAGUGUUGUUGCUGGAGGUCAUGAUUACGUGCCUUUGCUGUUCAGCGUUGACGAUGCUGGUCAACUGACUUUCAACCAAAAACUGGAUGUUGCUAAGAAGAAGGAAUCUGAGGCGAUGAGCGCUAUGGCAAAGUUCAGAACUAUGGACAAAGAAGCUUCGACAGGGGACUCCAACAAGGCUGUGAAUACUACUCAUCAGAACUCCAUCAGUCAAAUUUCCAUCCACACUGGUGACAAGGGAAACACGAGCAAGUUCGCUUCUGUUGGUGUCGAUGGUCGCUUUGUCAUCUGGGACGUGAAGGGGCUGGAGGCUUCAAUUGCUGGUCUGAAAAUUGCUUAAAAUUUCAACGUUCGCGAGAGAAACGUAAUCGAUUUAAAAUGUAGAAAACAAUUUCAUUUUUUUCUGUGUACUUUCUACAAUACUCUUCAAAUAUACAGUUUUUGCUAACGAG